AUGCUGAAUGAGCACUUUGAUCACACCUUAUAUGGUCUCCAGCCAAAACAUGAUUUCUUUGCACAGAUCCCUGUUGUGAAUGAUGAGCUUCCUGCCCGGAUCCUUUCAGGACGAGUUCAGAUCAAACCAAACGUCAAAGAGUUUUCAGGCUCCGGAGUUGUCUUUGAUGAUGGCACAGUCAUUGAGAAGGUGGAUGUGGUAAUCCUUGCCACUGGAUACAACUACAGUUUUCCCUUCCUGCCUCCAGAGCUGCAGACUAAAAGUGGCUACAGGCUCUGUCUCUACAAACAUGUCUUCCCUCCAUCUCUGGCACACCCUACUCUGGCUGUGAUCGGCUUCAUAAAUGCAUUUGGAGCUGUCAAUCUCAUGGCUGAGCUUCAGGAGCGCUGGGCUACUAGGGUCUUCAAAGGCAUCGUAAAGCUGCCAUCCGAGGAAACUAUGAGCAGAGAAGUUGAAAAAGACACUGAAAUCAUGAACCAACGGUUUUCCUGCUCUGAGCGCAGCCCUCUUCAGGUGGACUACAUCCCCUAUAUGGACUCCUUGGCCCAGCAGAUCGGAGUACUUCCCAGCCUCCUGUGGCUUCUCCUCACUGACCCCCCACUGGUUUUAGAACUUCUAUUUGGGCCUUUAACAUCGUACCAGUACCGCCUGACCGGGCCAGGGCAGUGGAGUGGAGCACGCCAGGCCAUCCUCACACAGUUGGGCCGAGUGUUGCAGCCCUUCAAAACCAGAGUGAGUCCAGAGAUCAACAGAGUCAUCAGAGUCCAGGGCUCGGGCAUUAUAAGCCUGUGUGCGCUCACUCCGCCCAUCGCCUUUAUGCUGAGCACUUUGUCUGAACUCGACCUGUUUUCGCACCACAGUGAUCAACGUCUUUGGGGAAAAGAGGAAAUCCCUGGAGAAAACUGUCUGGACGAGGGUCUGGAGCCCGUCUGCUUCGAGAGCAGUGAUGACAUCGGGGGUCUGUGGAGGUACAAGGAGAACCCAGAGCAGGACAGGGCGAGCAUCUAUCACUCUCUCAUCAUCAACACAUCCAAAGAGAUGAUGUGUUUCAGCGACUUUCCCAUUCCUGACCACUAUCCCAACUUUAUGCACAACUCUUUUAUCAUGGACUACUUCCGGAUAUACGCAGAUCAUUUCAACCUUCUCAAAUACAUCCGCCUCCAGACUAAAGUGCUACACAUAAGGCAGCGGUCGGACUUCUCACGCUCAGGCCAAUGGGAUGUUGAGACAGAGAAUAAAGAAGGAAAAAAGGAGAAGCACAUUUUUGAUGCAGUGAUGAUCUGCAUUGGACAUCACUGCCAGCCCCAUUUGCCUCUUCAUGACUUCCCAGGGAUUGACACAUUUACUGGAAAGUAUUUCCAUAGUCGAGAUUACAAGACCCCUGAGGACUGGCGGAAUAAGAGAGUCGUGGUGAUUGGAAUUGGAAACUCUGGUGGAGACAUUGCUGUGGAGUUGAGCCGAUUUGCAAAGCAGGUUUACUUGAGCACUCGAAGGGGAGCUUGGAUUUUAAAUCGAGUUGGGGGCAAUGGCUUGCCUCUGGAUUUAUUUUUUAACAGAAUCUUACACUUCCUCCGGAUCUUGCUUCCUUUCGGAAUGUUUUGUAGUUUGGGUGAAAAACAACUGAAUCAAAGAUUCAACCACCGUCUUUACAACCUUAAACCAAAACACAGGCUGUUCAGUCAACACCCCACUGUGAAUGAUGAUCUGCCCAAUCGCAUUCUCUCUGGGACGGUCCAGGUCAAAUCCAAUAUAUGCAGAUUUCAUGGCUCCAAUGUUGAGUUUGAGGAUGGAAGUAUUGUUGAAAAUAUUGAUCUUGUGGUUUUUGCCACAGGAUAUAAGUUCUCCUAUCCUUUUCUGGCCUCAGAAGUGGUUUCGGUGUCAGAUAAUAAAGCAUCUCUGUUCAAGUACGUGUUUCCACCUGAAUUGGACAAACCCACGCUGGCCAUCAUUGGACUAGUGCAACCACUGGGAGCCAUCAUGCCCAUCGCUGAGAUCCAGGCCAGAUGGGCCACACGGGUGUUCAAAGGUCUCGUCAAGCUGCCUUCAUCUUCUGCUAUGCAAAGAGACAUUAAGUGUAAAGAGGAGACAAUGGCUAAAAGGUAUGUUGCCAGUCAGCGACACACCAUCCAGGUUGACUACGUUGCCUACAUGGAUGAAAUUGCAAAGCAGUUUGGUGUGAUGCCAAACCUGUGGAAGUAUCUGCUGACAGAUCCCUGCAUCUGGUCUAAAGUGAUGUUUGGUCCUGUUACACCUUACCAGUAUCGACUUAGGGGACCUGGGAAAUGGGCAGGGGCCCGACAUGCCAUCCUGACCCAGAUGGAGCGAGUGAGGGGGAUGUGGGACCUAUCUGGCAACCAAGUCUCCAUCUUUGAUUGUGCGACAGGCCGCGGCGCGAGCGGGGCCUCAGUGAACUCAGGCUCAAAGCGGACUGAAGUGAGAGCAUACAGCCCGGACACACAGAGAGCUCCUGUGGUGCCAGGAGGCUGGUUCUGGGGGCGUGGCCAAAGGACCAGACUCAAUGAGUUUCCAUCGAAAUGCAAAUCUCUGGAAACCCAAAAAACUGCUGUUGCUGCCAGACAUGGGCUCCAGAGUUUGGGAAAAGUUGCUGUCAGCCGGCGUAUGCCCCCGCCAGCCAACCUGCCCAGCCUGAAGGCAGAGAACAAGGGAAACGAUCCCAACGUCAACAUCGUUCCGAAGGACGGCAGCGGCUGGGCAUCCCGCAACGAAGCAGGAGAAGAAAGACAAGCAGAAACCCCUCCACCUCCGAACAAACCAGUAGUUCAAGAGGUUCCAACUGGAGUGAGUCGGUCGUGGGCUAACAACAACAAGCAAAGUCUGGAUGGAGUACCUCGUGUGAGUAGUCAUUUUCACCAGGAGUUUCCAAGCUUACAAGCUGCUGGAGACACUGAGAAAGGGGACGGUUCAGAGGAAGAACCUUAUGGACCAGGACCCAGCCUCAGACCUCAAAAUGUCGGCAGUUGGGGUGAGGGCGGAGGGAGAAAUUUAAACACUGCUCCCAGCCCUGACAUGGAGAAUAGGCCUCCAGAGGAGGGCAGUGUGGGCCAGGAUUCCUCAACACCUCCUGUGGAAGGUGACGAGCCUAUAGGAAAUGUGGCAGGAGACAAAAGGGACAAGGGACCAGCCCCACCCCAGGCUAAACUCAACGGGGGACAACCUCCUUCCUCUGGGAUGCCAAUGCACUUUGACCCUGCUUUCAGAAACAUGAUGCCACCUUAUAUGUUUCAAGCCUAUCCUCCUCAGAUGACUUUUGGAAAUGCACAAGGAAACUUUAGAUUCAAUGCACCUCAAGAUGGCUCAAAGGGAUCACGUUCGGGACGUGCCCAGCCGCCACCACCUCAGGCCUGGGUUCAGGACCCUGAUCGUCCUUCUAUUAUCAGUGCCACAGAACUAAAGGAGCUGGACAACUUAGACACAGAUGCAGAUGAAGGCUGGGCAGGUGCUCAAAUGGAAGUAGAUUACACAGAGAAGCUAAACUUUAGUGAUGAUGAAGAAAACCAAUCUAAGGACAAAGGCGAAAACUGGGAGUGGAUGGGAAAAGUUGAGCGUCAUAGGCCGAGACCCCCAGACACGCAGGAUGGUUGGAAGGACAUCUCUGAUGGACGUUCUGGCAAUAAAGGCCCUUGCACUGAUGGUGGGGACCCCAGAGCGCCCUCUCCAGGCAAUGUGACUUCAUUCAGUAAACCAGGAGCACCAUUGGAAUACCAGUUGAGCAGUCGUUCAGUGGGAGGAGUACCUUUACGUGCAAACAAAGCUGGCACUGCUGCAGCACCUGGUGAUGAAGACUCUGAGGCCUGGCGGCAGAAACGAAAAAAGCCAGAGGUUUCUGAAGCCGUUGAACGAGCACGACGCAGGAAAGAGGAGGAGGAAAGACGCAUGGAGGAGCAGCGCCUCGCUGCAUGUGCUGAAAAACUGAAACGCCUAAAUGAAAAGCAGCGUCAGUCAGAUGGAAAAAAUGCAGUGUCCACCAGUGAUGACAACGGAGUCUUAUUUGAGGACAGUUCAAUAUCUGUGCUGUCCAAUUCCACUCUAAUCCUGAAUACACAACAGACCCCUGCGCAAACAUGUAUACCAGAGAGUGCGGAGCUUGAGAGGACUGAACCAGAACUUGGAGUAGACCCAAAUACAGAGGAGGCUCAAUCAGUUCGUCAGGCUUCAUCUCCAGUCCAAAGACUUAUAGCUGUGGAGCCUCAGGAGGAGGCUGAGAAGAUCCUGACUGAAGUUGGCCCAAUUGUAGACGAAAUGCCGCCUGACCGGACAGUGGGCCCGAUCCAAGACUGUUUCAGUAUUGAAGACAGUAGAGUGGAUGAGCCUCCCCUGCCUCUCCCUCACAUGGACGCUCCUUGUGCCGAGGAGGUCUCUGUAACGCCACCGCAACUGGAGGGGGAAGCUGCAGCUGCAAUGAGACAAUCUCUAACGUCUGGCUACUCCAAACAGUUUCAGAAGUCUUUACCGCCAAGGUUCCUUAGACAACAGGAGCAGAUGAAGCAGCAGCAGUGGCAGCAGCAGCAGCAGCAUAGUGGGGGUUCAGUCUCUCCCUCUAGUGGUACAGUCUCGUCACAGCAGCAGCAACAGCACCGUUCUGUGUAUCAGCCUAUGGGUCCUCACCAUCAGCACCUUGCAUCUAUGGGCUUUGACCCCCGUUGGUUAAUGAUGCAGUCAUACAUGGACCCUCGGCUGAUGUCAGGGCGCCCUCCCAUGGACAUGCCCUCCAACAUACACCCGGGGAGGAUGGCACCAAAGCAGAUUGUACGUCGAGAUCCUGGGGACUCCAGCUCAAGCUCAGACUCGUUUGACCAUUUAUCCCGACCAAUGCGUGAUCAUAGUUUGCCCUCAGACUCUAGGAUGGUGUGGGGGUCCGACACUUACCCCCAACCUGAACCUUUGCCUUCAGUAACGCCUCCAAAGACGCGUGAGGACAACAAGGAGACAAGAAUGGACUCUGGUGUCGAUCUUGAACGGGGUCUACAGACCAUAUACCCCCAAGACCAUAGUGCUUUGGACUCUCGUAAAAGUAGCUUCUUCCGUGACCCUGCAGAUUCCUUGUCUGCAUUCAACCAGGGUCCAGAUCCACCUGUAUCUUUAGACCCAUGUUUAGGUCCUAUAGGAUCAGGCUUCAACCAUGAAGAGUCAGGGUUGCCCUCUGGGGAGGAGGUAGAGGCUUUAGGACAAGCAAUGCUGCAGAGAAGCAUCUCCCAAGGCUCUAAUCAUUCACUAAAGCUUGAAGAGGCCAGAUUUGAAGCAUUACCUUUAGUAGCCAAAACACUAGAAAUUCAGGACUCUGGUGACCGGCCAGAUGAAAAACCUCAAAAUGACCUCUACCCACAGGCAGUGGUGGCAAACAAUAGGUCAACACCUCCGAUGGAUGGCAUACACAAAUCUGAGAAACUUCCUCUUCCUGCUCCAAGUAAACAGAAAGCCGAACUACGUUGGGGUGGCCGAUCUGGUCCGAGCCGCCGGGAAGGACCAGGUACAGAGAGGCCUCUCCGCAGAUCUGGACCUAUAAAAAAGCCUGUAUUGAGGGAUAUGAAGGAGGAGCGGGAACAGAGGGAGGAGAGGGAGAAGCGGCAUGAGAGAGGGGAAAGAGGGGAGCGGGGAGAAAGGGGUGACCGGUCCAAAAAAGAGCAGACGGUUAAAGCCCCCUCUGCAGCUAUUGCUGUCUCAGAAGGAGGCAGAGCUCAGGGUGAGGUGAAGAGGGAUGUAGCUGAGACAGAAGAGCCAAAGUCUGUACUACAGAGGAGCAGAGAGUCUCUGCCUUCACCAGGUGGUCCAACCUCCUCCUCUCAAGAAGAUAAGGUCGAGAAACCUGCUAGCCAUGACAAACACCCCGAACCAAAACUUCCCACUAGAAAAGAGUCCAAUCUCCCCCCUCGUUCUUAUCGAAGAGACGAGAGAGAGCGGGAUCGUGACAGAGACCGUGAGAGGGAUAGAGGGGAUCGAGACAGAGACCGUGAGAGAGAUCAAGGAGAUAGAGACAGAGACCGUGAGAGGGAUCGAGAGCGGGACAAAGAAAUGGACAGAGACAGAGAGUUUCCAUCUGACUUUAAAGGCCGUGGUCGGGGCGAGUAUUACUCAAGAGGCAGGAGCUACCGAGGUACCUACAGUGGCAGGGGCAGAGGCAGCGGCAGCCGUGGUAGGAGCCGUCCUGAAUUCCCUUAUAGAGAGCCCAGAUCCCGCUCUGACCUGCCUUCUGCUGGAGGUGCUGCUACUUUCCGUAACAGGGAGGAGAGUGAAACACGGAGUGAGAGCUCAGACCUGGAAGUUAUGCCAAAACGCAGACGUCGGCGAGGAUCUGACACAGACUCUGAAAGUGAAGGUGGUAGAGAGUCUGCCAGUGAUACAGGACCCUCUGACAGAGAGCCCAGCACCAAACCCAGCUGUCCCCUCAGACGAGACCUUCCUGGAGACCAUAGAGCAGGGGUUCACAAACCCGGCUUUGGCCCACCACACUUAGGAGACCGAGGAACCAGGGGGGAAGAUGAUGGAAGGCCUAAGCCAGGGUUCCUACCCAAAGGCGAACCAUCUCGUCGUGGAAGAGGAGGGUUGUACAGCCGAAGAGGUGGGAACAGAGAGCGGGGAGGUCCGCGCUCAAUCCCUCUUCGAAGACCCCCACGAGAGACGUCCUCUCAGUGGCCUUCUAAACCUAUGGAGACUUUCAGGCCUGAGGAUGCCGACACCACAUCUAGAUAUGACCAUCCUGCAGGGGACAGGCGCCCCCCAAGGUCUGAGGGAAAGAAAUUUUUAGAUGGACUUCCUCAAAGUAGCAGAGAGAGGCCCCGAAGGUCAAGGCCAGCCAGACCACCAAGGCAAGACAAACCACCUCGCUUCCGGAGGUUAAAGGAGCGCGAAGCAGGAGGUUUGGGAAGCGGAGAUACACUCCCAAGCCCCCCUGUACCUUUAAUCCCGGGACCUGCUGUGGGGACUGCUCUGAACAGUGCCCCUGUGUCCCUCUCCCCAACGCUGUCCCGAGCUCCUGGGACUCCAGUUUCUGUUCCUGCCGAUGUGUCCUCUGCCUUAGUGCCGGAUUUGCCCUCUUCUGUAGAGGCUUCUUUACCCGAUAUGAGCAGCUCGGUCACAGCUGUUGGCACCAAGUCCCCUGACUUAUCCAACCAAAACUCCUCAGACCAGGCCAAUGAAGAGUGGGAAACAGCAUCUGAGAGUAGUGACUUCAAUGAAAGGAGAGAGCGAGAAGAACGUAAAGGCACCGUUGAGGCUGCCAAUGAAGCCACAGCUGCCUCUGCUCCGGUGCCUGUCCCGCCUCAGGGCUCUGUGACUCCAAGUAAAAGCUCAUAUGAUGGAGGACUGACUCCCAAACGGGAAAUGAUCCCUGCUGCCAAACGAAGCUUUUCCAGUCAAAGACCAGCUGAUCGACCAAGCCGUCGUGGAAACCCAGGAGCAAAGCCAGGACGCAGUUAUCCAGGGGCCAAAGGAGAGAGGAGAGGAGCACCCAAAGCUGGCCGAAAAGGUCUACCUGCUCAACAAAACCUUGAGGGCGGUGCAUCUGUGACUGGAGGGCCGACACAAAGGCUCACAAAAGAACAGUCAGCUCGUCGCAGAGAUGAGGCCAAACAGGCUGCAAAGAAGUCUAAAGAGAAUGCCCUUUCUCAGUUUGAUCUGAACAAUUAUGCUAGUGUAGUGAUAAUUGAUGACCACCCAGAAGUGACCACCACAGAUGACCCACAGUCCAGCACAAAUGACGGUUUUACAGAAGUUGUCUCUCGCAAACAACAGAAAAGACUUCAAGAUGAAGAGAAGCGGAAGAAGGAAGAACAGACCACUCAGAACUGGGGUAAAAAAGGCUCAGGUGAAAAGAACAGAGGAGGUGGGGGAAAACUUCCACCCAGAUUCGCCAAAAAGCAUCCAAACCAACAACAGCAGCAGCAACAGCAGCAGCAACAACAGCAGCAGCAACAGCAGCAGCAACAGCAGCAGCAGCAGCAGCAGCAGCAGCCUCCGCCACCACAAGUCUCACAGCCCUCUGUACCCUCGAUGACACAACCAAUGCCACAGAGCACUGCCCCCCAGCACCCCCCUCUUCUGCCACCCUCCCAACCUGUAACUACUCCUAUGGAAGCUGCUGUGGCCUCAAUACCAUCAAUCCCCUCAAAUAAUGUGGACUUCACCCCCAAAAGCCUUCCCCCAACACAGACACAUAGUGCUCUGGGGACUGAAUUGUGGGAGAACAAGGGAUCUGCCUCUACAGUCAUCCCCGAUGUCAAAAAACUUGGUCCCAUUAGCCCUCCUCAGCCACCGUCUGUGAGUGCCUGGAAUAAACCUCUUACCUGCUUCACUGGCACAGUUUCGUCAGAGGGCGUGAAGACGGGUGCAGAGGCCAAUGUUGAAUUGGGAAUGGACAGCAUUCAGUUCGGAGCACCUUCGUCUGCGGGAAGUACAGACAGUGAUAGCGUACCAGUCUUAUUAGACUCUGGCUCUGACAACAAGCUACCUGCUCCUAAAGAACAAAGACAGAAACAACCCCGUGCUGGUCCCAUCAAGACACAGAAGCUUCCUGAAAUGGAGCCUGUGGAAACCAAGGAGUAUAAACCAGGCCCGAUCGGUAAAGAGCGCUCCCUGAAAAACAGAAAAGCCAAAGAUGCUCGUACGGGAGAUGACGUCAUGGAGGGGGUUGUUGCAGGGCCAGGAGUGAGCAGAGCCACAGACCCCAGCCCCCCCACCAGCGACUCCACUGUUUCGGAGCUUGGAGGAGACAUCGAGGGCAUGAUCACAGUGCCCUCUGCUGAGUACACCAGCAAUUCAAAGGAGUCUGUAACAGACUACACAACCCCAUCCUCUUCUUUGGCGGACAGUGUUCCCACCGUAGGAAAUAAAUUGGAAGAGAGUUUGGUUGCUAAUGUUGCUUUGCCACACUCUUUGCCUCUUCCUCGACGAGAAACUCUGCAACAAAGCUCAAGCCUUAGCACAGUUUCACCAGCUACUGUUGAUCUAACUUUAAAGAUGGAGUCUGCUCGGAAAGCCUGGGAAAACUCUCCCAGUCUGGAGAAGAACUCUCCGGCCACUUCUUCUGCCUCACCAAUAACAUCCUGUGCAGCUUCGUACUCUUCUUUCUCUUCAGCCUCAAUGCCUCAGAUUCCUGUGGCGUCUGUCACUCCCAGUACUUCUUUGUCAGGCUCAAGCACCUACACAACCUCCUCCCUGAGCACCAAGACCACCACACCGUCAGACCCUCCCAACAUCUGUAAAGUGAAGCCUCAGCAGCUGCAGUCAAGCAGUAGCUUCUCUCAGCUUGGCUGUGUCCCUCCACUUCUGCCACAACAGCAGCAGACCCCGCAGGUGUACGUCUCCCAGUCUGCAGCUGGUUCUGCAGCUCAGAUUCCAGCCUUUUACAUGGACACAAGCCACCUGUUCAGCACCCCUCACCCUCGACUGGCGCCUCAGUCUCUGGCACAGCAGCAAGGGUAUCAGCCUGGGCUCUCUCAGCCUACAGCUGUUCAGCAGAUCCCCAUCCCCAUUUACGCCCCCCUGCAGGGCCAACCCCAGCACCAACACACACACCAGGCCCAACUCGGUCUAAACGCAGGGCCUGCUGUCUCUCAGCCACAGGAUCUAUUCAGUUCCUCCCUGCAGCCCUACCGAUCCCAGCAGGCGUUCAUGCAGAGUAGUCUCUCCCAGCCCUCCAUGAUGCUGUCAGGGCCAUCACUCCACAGUUACCCCGGAGUACAGGCUCCUGAUCUGGGCAAACCUCAGUCCAGUUUGGCCUAUCAGCAAACUUCCUCCACACAGCACAUUCCCAUAUUGUUUGAGCCUCAGCUUAACCAACCUUCAGGCAUGGGCGGCUCCCAGCUCAUUGACACACACUUGCUGCAGGCACGACAGAACUUGAGUCAGCAUUCAAACAUGUAUUCGGGCCAGGUGCAGCAGCACGGCCAAAGUAGCUACUAUAGUAGCGCCCAGUCACCUAGUUCAGCAAUGCAGCAGGUGACAGUCCCUCUUCCUGGCUCUCAGUUGUCCUUAUCCAACUUUGGCUCAGGAGGUGGUCAACCUCUGUUGGCAUUGCCCCCUACUCCUCCUCAGGCUCAGCCUCCUAACAUGAACAGACAGCCUUCGGUGUCCCAGCAGUACAGGAACCUCAUGAGCCAGAACCACAGCAUGAUGCAACCUCCAACAAGCAAGAUGGAUAUGGAUCUCAAGCUGUUUGGCUCUGGGAUGGAUGUCAAACCUGGGACUCCUCCUGUUAGUGUCAGAAGCACGACGCCCACCUCGAGCCAGUACAGGGCCAGCUCAACAUCUCCCAGUAGCCAGUCCAGUAAGAUGAACAGCAUGCUCUAUCAGAAGCAGUUUCAACCGAGCUCUGCUGCAAUGAGAAUGACGCAGCACUUCCCUGGACAGUUCAACCCACAGAUCAUGUCACAGCCGAAUAUUGUCUCUCCUCUGGUUCGUCCUCACGCCAACUCGUUUACUGGUGGAGUCCAGCGCUCUCCCAUGGGCCCCCCUUUGGGCUCCCCAAAUGUUGGUGGAGGUCUGAUGCCCCACCCUCGAGCGCAGCACCCGCAAUUACAGCACCCACAGCACGCUCAGCACCCACAGCACCCACAGCACCCACAGCACCCUCAGCACCCUCAGCACGCUCAGCACCCUCAGCACCCUCAGCACGCUCAGCACCCACAGCACCCACAGCACCCGCAGCACCCGCAGCACCCGCAGCACCCGCAGCUACAGCAUUCACAACAUCCACAACAUCCACAGCAUCCUCAACAUCCACAGCACUCGCAGCUGCCACCCAGAGGGCCACUCGGCCCCUCACUGGCUCCCAGAGGUACCCAGGCGGCACUGAAGGCUGAGCAGGACCUUAAGGCAAAGCAAAGAGCUGAGGUGCUGCAAUCCACUCACAAGUUUUUCUCGGAGCAGCAGCAGCAGCUGAAGGCUCCUCCUGUGAACAAACCUCGUCUGGACCAGGUGAUAAAGCCCACAGUCGAUGUUCCUGCUCCAAAUCAUCAAGUGAAUGAGCGUCCUGAAACAGACAAGCCUCUCAUCUCCACUACAAAACCCAUACGGACUGGCCCCAUCAAACCCCAGGCCAUCAAACCAGAGGAGGGCAAGUAG